AUGGCGACUCAAGUCUCCCCACGCAUGCUCUGGAAGCAUCCGGACCCGGAGUCUACCCACAUGGGACGCUUCCGAAGGGCUCUAGAGCAGCACAUCGGGAAAGGUUUCAAGGACUACCAUGAUCUCUACGAAUUCUCCAUCACACAACCAACGACCUUUUGGGAUUUCUGUUGGAAGAACUUCAAUCUCAUCCACGAGGGAAGUUAUACCGCCGUUGUCGAUCAAUCGGCUCGAAUGGACAGUAUCCCCCAGUGGUUUACCGGUAUCCGGUUGAACUUUGCCGAAAAUCUGUUAUUCUCAGCCAGUCCGAAUGGUCCAUCCACGAGAGGAAAGGAAGAUGCGAAGAUCGCGGUGGUUGAGGUCCGCGAGGGCAUCUCCGAAUCACACGUGUCCCUGACGUGGGGUGAGCUCCGAAAGCGCACCGGACGUUUGCUCCAGGCCAUGAAGGCCAACGGGGUGCAGAAGGGCGAUCGCAUCGCCGUUUGUGCGAGUAACAGCAUUGACACCCUGCUCGUGUUCCUAGCUUCGACCGCGUUGGGGGCCCUUUUCUCUUCCAGCUCUACGGAAAUGGGGGUGAAGGGAAUUCUGGACCGGCUCGUACAGAUCAAGCCUCGGUUCUUGUUCAUGGACGACCAGGCCGUCUACAACGGCAAGACGAUUGACCUCCGAACUAAAAUGGAGGCGGUCGUGGACGGGAUGCGUUCUGUGCAGGAAUUCCGUGGGGUGAUACCCAAGGCGCAGCUGCUUGGAGAUUUCUUGGCCAAAUCUAGCGAUGACCGGCUUGAGUUCACACGCAUACCCUUCCGCGAUCCCUUUUUGAUCGUCUAUUCAUCAGGCACCACCGGUCAGCCCAAGUGCAUUGCGCACUCGGUCGGCGGGGUGCUCAUCAGUGCUUUUAAAGAAGGGCACCUGCAUUCGGAGCUGGACGAGUCCAGUACGACGUUGCAGUACACCACAACCGGCUGGAUUAUGUAUGUCUCAGCUAUCCAAAGCCUUUUGUUCGGGUCCCGGGUUGUUCUUUAUGAUGGCAGUCCAUUCAUGCCGCGGCUUGAAUCGUUGAUUCGGCUUGCAGAGCAACAGCGGGUAACUCAUUUCGGCACAUCCCCGCGCUACAUGUACGAGCUUCAACGCGCAAAAAUCCAGCCGCGACAGAUUGCCGAUUUGAGCUCGUUAAAAAUUGUGACCAGCACGGGGAUGGUGCUCCCCGACGCUCUGUUCGAGUGGUUCUACGACCAGGGCUUCCCACCACAUGUACGGUUGAAUAACAUUUCCGGAGGAACUGAUCUGGCCGGGUGCUUUGGAAUAGGGAACUCCCUCCUCCCUGUUCACGUGGGUGGCUGCGCUGGAAUAAGCCUCGGUAUCCCGGUUGACGUCUACGACGCCAGCAUUGAAGGAGCUGGCGCGAAGGGAAGGUCUGUAGAGGUUGGCGUCGCGGGUGAGCUGGUAGCCACCGCCGCUUUCCCCAACAUGCCUGCUUGUUUCUGGGGCCCAGAUGGGAGUAGACGGUACCAUGAUGCCUAUUUUGCUCGAUUCGACAAUGUCUGGACGCAUGGCGACUUUGUUUCCAUCCAUCCUCAAACCCGACAACUAUUCUUCCACGGCCGGGCAGACGGCGUCCUGAACCCAUCUGGAGUCCGCUUCGGGUCGUCGGAGAUCUAUCAGGUCCUCGAAGCGGAAUUCCCAAACGAAAUCACGGACUCACUCUGUGUCGGCCAGCGGCGACCUCAAGAUACCGAUGAGCGGGUGAUGCUGUUCUUAUUACUGAAGACUGGGGCCAGUUUCACACCGGACUUAGUUGCCAGGGUGAAGGCCGCCAUUCGUCAGAGACUGAGCAGCCGUCAUGUUCCGAGCUUUAUCUUCGAGACUGCUGAAAAUUCCGGUACGUACCUAUCUAGACUUGUCACCGUCAAUGGAAAGAAGGUGGAGCUCCCGGUUAAGCAGAUCGUAUCAGGUAAGCGGAUCAAGCCGUCUGGCACGCUACUCAAUCCUGGGUGUCUGGAGUAUUAUUACCAGUUCGCUCAGGAUGAGCGGUUGGUCACUGCGCGGGAUAGUAAGCUGUGA